AUGGAGCAGCGCUCGCAGCAGGGUGCCACGACCGGCCAGCAGGCUCGCCGCAUUAAUACCAACCGCUACGGCCUGCCACCGCCCCCUUGUCGUCCACCACCUCUCCCACCGCCAACGCCAGCAUCCACCACAACCUUUCCUUUCCAUUUUCUUCACGAGAGAAGCGCGUCAAAUGCGGAGAGGAGACGCGAUUCGACGACGGGAUCCCAUGCCGAAGCUUUCGAGACGAGCAAAGAGGAGCGGCCACGGGUGGGCGCCAGAGGGCUCCGACUCGCCGCCAGCCUUUCGGCCAACCAUCUCGCCCGACGUCGGCCCCUUGCUCGACGGCGAGGAGAGGAGCAAGGAAUGCAGGGGACAACGCUUCCGUCGUCGACGACGAGAGCCUCGCGGGCGUCGGCCUCGCGCUUCUCGAGUCCGGCCCAGGGGUCGUCGGCCGGGACGCCAAACGGGGGGCUUGAGGGGUCCAAGGGCUCGGCGAGCGAAGGAUCCAAGGCCUUGAUGGCCCGCUGGCUCGAGCCGUCGACGCAGACGAAGCCGAGCUUCGAGGAGGCCGGCCUGAUGCGCCACGGCGUCCUCGAGACCAUGGCUCCCCUCGGUGCCCUGCCCAAGGGGAGGAAGCCGGGGCCGUACGAGCACACGUCGGGCGUCCGCAAGAUCAUCCUGCGGCCGUCGGGCGUCAACUCGUCCUCAUCCUCGUCCUCCCCCUCGGCGACCAAGGCGGCACCCGUCGUCGAGUCCAAGGCGGACCAGAGUUUAGGCCAGAAAUCGCCGCCCACUUCUCCUCCACCACCCUCGGCACCCAAACCGGCACCGGCACCGGCAUGCGCGCCCGCACCCACCGUGCAGCCUCCUGCCACCGCCGCCGGGCGAGUAAAGAUGCCAAAGGGCACCGCCGACGAGGCCGAGGACGGGGACUACGAGGCCAAGGAAACGAGCUCGCGUCGCAGGCGUUCCACGCGAAUCAUCAUGCCGGCCAAAAAAGCCCAACAGGCUGCGGCAGAUGCUGCGGCAGAUGCUGCGGCGGCGGCGGCGGUGAUGACGACGACGACGACGACGACGACGGCCACGACGACGGCCACGACGACGCCGAAGCGGUCGGUCUCCCAGAAGCGACCGGAGUCGCAGGAUAGGGAGUUUGCCGGCAAGGUCAUCGAGGCUGCCGUCGAGGAAGCUCUGCAUCACUACCGCUACCCGACCGCAUGGGCGCUGCGGACGCUCUACGACGAAAAGUGCGACGAGGCUGGGUUCGUGGCCAUGAUCGAGGACACGUUCAAGCAAACGGCCAGCCCCGAGACGACCGAGGAAUUUUCACGACUCGUCGAGAAGAGGAAGCGCCAAGGGAAAAGGCGCGACCGGGGUCGGUGCUACUUUGUGCCUCCCAGCACCGCCAGCAACGCCAGCAACGCCAGCACCGCCAGCACCGCCAGCACCGCCAGCCUCACGACCGAGAGUGGCAUCGGCGGGCCGAAACCCAGGCCGGCACCCUACGCAUGCCUACUCCGGGACGGCAGCAAAAAGAGUACAGCAGCAGCCGAGUCGGAGGAAGAAGUAGAAGAGGACGACGAGGAGGUGGAAGAGCAUGAUGCGGAGGGGGACGAGGAAGAGGAGGAGGAGGAGCCGGAGGAGGAGAGGCGCGAGGUGAAAAAGAUCAAGACAUCACACGUCGGCACAGCCCCGGCGAGCUCCGUCGGCAAAGCCAAGGGCAAGGGCAAGGGUGUCACGAAAGCGGAAGCGGGUGCCGAUGCCGAUGCCAACGUCCAGGUCAGGACGCCAGGGCGAUCGCGCGGCCACAGGCACGACAAGGGACGAGAGUUGGUCGAACCGGUCUCGGGCUCAGCUUCGGGCUCAGCUUCGGGCUCAGGCUCAACCUCGAGCGUCUCGUCGCUGUCGCCCGUCCCGAGCCUCUCCUCGCCCGCCGCGGGCGUGAGAAAGGGCAAGGGCAAGGGCGGCGCAAAGGACAAGGGGAAGGGCAAGGGAAAGGGGACGUCGUCGACGGCGAAGACGACGGCGACGGCGGCAGCGGCAGCGGCAGCUGGUGCCAACGGUCACAAGAUUCGUCGUGGCGGCGUCACCGUCGCAGGCGCUGGCGCUGGCGGAACCGGCAGAGCGAAUGGCAGCAGCAGGGCCAGCGCCCGGAUUGUUCCUGCUGGGGCCGCCGCGGCCAAGUCCCAUCAUGAUGCGGAUGCGCCAGACGGCCAGCAGCCAAUCACCACCCGCCGCGCCACCGUCCUCGCCAACCAGCACGAGCACCAGAACGAGCACCAGAACGAGCACCAGAACGAGCACGCCGCGUCCAGCAGGUUCGCCUCCAUUUCGCCGACACAACCGUCGGCCCAUUCUCUGCAAAAUCCGCCCCCCCAGCACCGCUCCUCCGGUCGCUCAUCCGCCCGCUCGUCAGGCCGCAUCCGCGCUCGUCGAAACUCGUCGGCCGACGAUGCCAGCGCCAUGCCCGGUCGGCUCGUCACCGCCAACGCGCCCGACCUGUCCCUCAGCAAUCCGCCGAAGCUGAAGCUGACCAAGUCGGCCAAGUCCUUGGCCAAGACGCCGGCUCGCAUGCCCGACGACGACGACGAGCUCACGUGGGACAGGCGACGAGACGCCCGGACCGUCACCGGCCGCUACCGCGUCGAGGAGAGCGCCCUGAGGGGGAGCCGGCCGGACGAGACGGUCGAGACGCCGUUGAGGAAGACGAAGGCGAGGGCGACGCGUCACUCCCUCGCCGCCGCCGCCGCCGCCGUCGCAACAGAAGCACCGGCACCAUCACCGGCAUCAGCACCAGCACUGGCAUCAGCACCGGCACCCGUCAGCGGCACGCGGGCCACGCGCUCGGCGAGCAAGCGGCCGGCCGACGACCUCGACAGGACCGACUCGCCCGCCGCCUUUUCCUGGCAGGGGGAUGGAGGUUCCGUCGCCGGCUCGCGAGCGGCGACCCCGACGGCCCUGCGUCCGACCAAGAAGCAGCGUACCGGUCUACGCGUCAAGUCAUCCCCGGUCAAGAAAAAGGGAGGGACCGCAGCCGGCGUUCCUCGCUCGAUGAGUGAGGCGAACUUCGCCCUCACCAACGGGGCACCGAAGGAUUCGACGUCCGACAAUGACGAGUACUGCUCGGCCUGCGGGAAUGCCGGCGACGUCGUCUGCUGCGACGGGUGCCCUCGCUCCUUUCACUUCGAGUGCGUCGACAUGGUCCCUUCGGACGCUCUGCCGGAUGAGUGGUACUGCAACGAGUGCCUCAUCCGUCGCUUCCCCUCGCGCGUGCCCGUGCACCGAGGCGUCUUCGCGAGCGCCCUCAACCAUCUCGAAAAGACCAUCCCCCGCGCCUUCAGCCUGCCCCGGAGGGUCCAGAACCGGUUCGAGGGCGUCAAGGCCGGCGCCGACGGCGACUACGAGGACGCCGUCGUCGGCCGGCCGACCAAGAAGCGAGCCGGCUACGAGGAAGCCCCCGACUUCUUCAAGCAGCGCGAGGACGGCCACGCCGUCCUCUGCCACGCCUGCCAGAAGGCCGCCACGGACGUCCGCGCCAUCAUCCCCUGCAGCGCCUGCCCGCUCCACUGGCACACCGAUUGCCUCGACCCUCCCCUCGCCGUCCCGCCCGUCCUCAAGACCUGGCGCUGCCCGGCCCACGUCGACGACGUUCUGGUGCAGGUCCCCAGCCUCGCCCCCGCCCACCGCUUCCGCAAGGUCAAGGCGAGCCAGCCCAUCACGCCGGCCAUCAGCCGCGGCCUGAGGAACAACGGCCACAUCGAGAUCGAGUGGAACGACGACGCCGAGCCGCCCGACCGCUCGGGAUGGCCGGAGCCCCAGUCGUUUGGUCGCACCUACAAGUUACCCGCCAAAGUCGUCGUUCUCGACUUCAUCGAGCAAUUGCGACAGCAAGGGGCCGGAUAUGGAUCGCGCCGCGCCGAAUCCAAGCUUGUGCCCUAUCCAUGCCCGCCCUCGCAACGCGACCCUGCGACCCCGCUCACCGGGUCUGCCCUCGUGCGCAAGGUCGACGAGAUGCAGGCCUCGCUCAACCUCAUCGGUCUUCGCCAGAAGCCCUCCGACCCCAUCGGUCGCCUGACCUCUGCCCUUCUCGUAUGCCUCACCCUCCCGCGCUUCCUUGCCAAGGCGCCCGUUGGAUUGCUGACCGGCGUGCUCGCGUCGCAGGCCGCCGCCGACGAGAGUGUCUUGUCCCUCAUGGCGAAGGGUAACGCCGAUAACAUGGCGUCCGGCCAUCUCACCGCCGACGACGAGCAGUGCUUGCGCGCCACCCUGGCACAGACGGAAGCGAUGAGCGCCCGCAUCCGCCAGAUACUAGGUGAUCACAAGCCGCCACCUGAAACUCUGGUCACCUCGACCGACGCGUGCACCCCCGUGUCGGAACCCUCGGGAAUACGUGAGCCUGCGGACAAACUUGAGCCGAUGGCGCCCGUGACGGAACCAACUCCCCCAUCCACCGUCGACCAUGUCGAUGUUGACCAUGCAGAAGGCGCCAUGGAUCUCGACUAG